AUGAGUUGCCCCAAGCGUAGGGCAGAGACCGGUGUAGCACAAUAUCCGGUGAAUAACGGCAUCUCUAAUCUUAGUUUCAUAUUGAACUACCAGCUAGCACUAGUGGAAGAUUUCUUGGUACCCAAUCACGUUUUCGAGUUAAAUUUCCGAACGGCCUGGGGUUCUACUGAAGCGACUGAAUGGAAUGAUUCUGGGGUUAAACCCACAACCGAACACCGCAGCUCGCUAUUACAGGUCACCGACAUCAUCCCCGCGGAUCUUGACGAGAAGAAUCUGUGGCCGAAACACAGGUUUUACGUCAAGGUUUCGGAUUCUUCCCACUCAAUCUACGUCAGUCUGCCCUUUGAACAAGAUGACCUUGUUUUGAGCAACAAAAUGCAGCUGGGUCAGUACAUCUGCGUGGACAAGUUGGAACCCGGGUCGCCUGUUCCGGUGGUUAAGGGCGCCAAGCCGCUUCCCGGCCGCCACCCGCUGGUGGGCACGCCGGAGCCGUUGAUGGGUUUGAGAGAGAGAGGAGAGAGAAGUGAGCAGAAACCCAUUUCAUAUAACUCCGCUCCAAGAAGAGGGUCAUGGGGAACAGGGCAGGUUGGAACAGGGGACUCUGUUUCCUCUGUUUCUGUUCUUGUUUCUAAUUCCUCACCUUCGAGCUUAAAGCCUGUUCCUUUGGACUUUGAUCAGUGCAGUAUACCGAUAAAAGAGAGAACUAAUUCGGGGAGAUUCGGCGGUAUUUUUCCAGGUUCGCCGAUGAUAAGUGGCAGGGCUGUGAAAGACGGAAGCUCAAGUGGUGGUGGGUCUGUUAUUAGGUCUUCAUUUGGAGGAGGGCUUUUGUCUAAAAUGGUGGAUUCGAAGGGGGAUUCGACCAGUCUUGCUUUGGUUAGGAAAAGCUGUGUGACUCCGUCUGUGUCGAAGUUUCCGAGGAGCAAGAGUGUUCGCAAUAGAGAGCCGAGGAUCCCUAGGAGUCCCUACAACACAGCUGUAGGUGCAUUUUGCCUCUUUGCCAUUCCAUUUUUGAAAAUUUCUUUCUUGAUAGAAGUUUUGAAGAGCCUUUUCUCUUUCGUUUGUUCUAUUUCAGGAGAAGAAAAGUGACUCCACCGCCGAGCUUGCGCAAUGCGAGAGCGGCAGCUUCUCUGAAAAUGGGGGCUGGGGAUGCACAGAAUUCAGCAAACUCAAGGGUGGUGGUGGUUUCGCAACCGGAGUCUCAGUCCGAUAGCGACAACAAAAGACUGGCAAUGAAUUUGCCUGGAAAGCUAAGCAUGUUGGGAAAGGAAGCAAUGCAGCAGAGAGAAACAGCACAAAAGGUUGCCCUUCAAGCACUAAGAGAUGCUUCAGCCACCGAAAAUCUAGUCCAGUCCCUCAAGAUGUUUUCAAACUUAAGCAAAACUGCGAAAUCAGAUGCACCGGCAGCCUGUUUCGAUCAGUUCCUGGAUUUCCAUACCCAAAUUGUGCAAGCAGUAGCUGAAAUGGUGUCCAUUCAAGCAGCAACAGCAAUUGAAAUGGCCCAAACCCCGAACACAAAACAACCUGAAGAAGACUCCUCCAUCUUAAAUGAACUCCCUCACAACUCCUUGGACCCGAAAGCAUCAUCCAAAAGAAGAAAUGUACUCUACAA